UGAAAAUAUUGUCACAUUACUAACCAACAAGGUGUGUUGGUGAAGAAAUUAUUUUAUUGGAUUUAAAGCAUUUAUUGAGAGGGUGUCCUUUUCGUUCCUGAGGAUCAAACAAGCAGUGCAAGCCUACCCUCAAUUAGUAUGGUGUGAAACCAUCUGUGCUCAGUCCAGAACAUCCUAGUUCACAUCAACGCAAUGGCUCUGACAGAUGAGCAUAAGAUCAUUAUUGGUGUGUGUGUGGGCGUGGCAGGCCUUGUUCUCCUGGUGAUAGUUGUGUUCGUCUGCUGCAUGCUAAAAAUGCGCGAAACUAAAAGACGUUACCGUAACAAAGAUCGCAGCAUUAUUGAUCAAGAUGUAUAUUAUGACAGGAAGCCAUAUACGGUGUAUGAGAAGACGCCACCCCCCUUCUAUGAUCCCCCGUACCUGCCCCCACAACCCCCGCCACCCCCAGUGUUUUACAACCACCCUCGCCCCCUGGAGACUCCUCGCUUCUAUGAUUCCUUUGGUGGACGAGGCGAACAGCCUCGAAUGGAGAAGCGCUACUACAGUGAGGCUCGGUACCAGCAGGAGCCUAUCGUAGUGCCGAUUGCAGAGCCAGAGGUGGUGUACAACGACAGGCCACGAGCAGAGCAGGACGUCAUCUACCUCAAAUAUGUUGAUGACCAGGCCCUGCUUCCCAGGACCAACUACAACCGUAGGACCUACUAUGAGCCGCCUGUCAGACGAGCCAGAAGUUUUACAGACAUGCGCAACACAGCGUAUGUGGGUGAAUGGAACAAGCGACCAGACAGGCUGGAAUUCAAUGAGGGAGCCAUGCAGGCUGGUCGAGACCCAUUCUUAUGGGGAUAGAAACAGUUGCUACCAAAGACAUGGGACCCAUCCAUGUGGGGAUAUAUACAGGCACCACCAACCACACUGUGUCUUCGAAUGUUAUUUUAGUUAUAUAAAUCAAAAUAUAUAUUUACAAAUGUA